CUGUGCUGCGAAUAAUACAAACAUAACCAGCCCAAUUAACACCACCGUCAUUAUCGACUUAAAUUUGAAGCCGGUAGACGUACGAAUAAAAUUUUUCAGACGCCCCCUAUCGGCUGGUAAAAAAGUGAAAAUUAUUUGUGAGUCAAGUGGAUCUCGACCAUCUGCUCAAAUCACGUGGUGGAAGGAUAACAAACCAAUGUCCAGUAUUUUACGAAUGCCUCCCGAAAGCCAGAAUGUUACAAUUAGCGAGUUGACCUUUACGCCUUCCAGAGAAGACAAUGGGAAGGUAUUGAUGUGCACGUCUAACAACCCAAAGAUUCCAGGUAGCACCAUAGAAGACAAAUGGAAUCUUACAGUUUUCUAUAAACCAAAAGUGGUCAUAAAAUUAGGAGUAAACCAAGAUUCUUGGACAGUGGCAGAAGACAGAGACAUCCAUCUUCAAUGCGAAAUUGACGCCGUCCCUUCUAUAACCAGCAGUGGCUGGUAUUUUAACAAGCAGGCAAUCCAAAACGAUCAUUUGCAGAGAGUAACUGUCAGUAACCUAACACUGAUGAUCCAGCGAGUACAGCGCCAUCACAGUGGUUAUUACCGAUGUUUUGCAACCAAUGUUGAGGGCAGGGGAGAAAGUAAAAAUGUACUUAUCAAAGUAGAAUUUGCACCAAUCUGUAGUCAGGGUCAGAAGAAAGUUUAUGGGCUUUCGGUGAAUGAAACUGCUUUCGUCACGUGUCAAGUUGAAGCGGACCCUCCUGCCAUUUCUUUUCGUUGGAGUUUUAACAACUCGAAUGCUGGACAGGAGCUACUAAACUACAACAAUACCGAAGGCCUGAAGAGUGUGGCAUUUUUCACUCCAAAAGACAAACACGAUUAUUCGACGCUGUACUGCUGGGGAAGAAAUCACGUUGGGAUCCAGCGAGAGCCCUGUGUCUUCUCACUGGUGUUUAUUAGCCCUCCAGAGCCUUUAAAAAAUUGCACAAUUACUAACACGACGGUUGAUUCUAUCCAUCUGGAGUGUAUGGCUGGUUAUGAUGGUGGUUUACAGCAAUAUUUCUUCUUGGAGGUUUAUAACUCUCAACUGGAACGCCUAGCUGCCAAUAUUACGAGUCAUUCCAAGCCUGAGUUCCAUGUUUUUGAGCUACUGGAAGAAUCCCGUUUCAUCCUUCUCCUGUACUCUGCUAAUGCCAAAGGGAAAAGUUCUCCUGUAGCACUUACCGCAAAAACGAAACAAGUUACACCAAAGUAUAUUGGAGCAACGUCCAAUUUACUCCUGAGCCCCUUAGUUGGAGUGCUUAUUGGAACAGUAGGGUCUCUCAUUCUCAUUACCAUCAUCAUCACGGUAAUCAUCCGCUUGAGAAGCUAUGAUGCUGGCAAAGGUAAUGUAUGA